CUGGCCCGGCUCUGAGCCCUGGACUCCCCUGCCCCUUCCCCUGGGCCAUGGCCAACUCAGGCCUGCAGCUCCUGGGCUACUUCCUGGCUAUGGGUGGCUGGGUUGGUAUCAUCGCCAGCACAGCCCUGCCUCAGUGGAAACAGUCCUCCUACGCCGGAGAUGCCAUCAUCACUGCUGUGGGCCUCUACGAAGGACUCUGGAUGUCCUGUGCCUCCCAGAGCACAGGGCAGGUGCAGUGCAAGCUCUACGACUCACUACUCGCCCUGGACGGUCACAUCCAGUCAGCUCGGGCACUAAUGGUGGUAGCUGUGCUGCUGGGCUUCGUGGCCAUGGUCCUCAGCGUGGUUGGCAUGAAGUGCACGCGGGUCGGAGACAGCAACCCCAUCGCCAAGGGCCGUGUGGCCAUCUCUGGGGGUGCCCUCUUCCUUCUGGCAGGCCUCUGCACACUGACAGCAGUCUCCUGGUAUGCCACCCUGGUGACCCAGGAGUUCUUCAACCCAAGCACACCUGUCAAUGCCAGGUACGAAUUUGGCCCUGCCCUGUUCGUGGGCUGGGCUUCUGCUGGCCUGGCCAUGCUUGGGGGCUCCUUUCUCUGCUGCACAUGCCCAGAGCGGGAGAGGUCCAACAGCAGCCCUCAGCCCUAUCGGCCUGGGCCCUCGGCUGCUGCCCGAGAACCAGUUGUUAAAUUGUCCGCCUCCGUCAAGGGCCCCCUGGGUGUGUAA